AUGGCGACAGCGCUUCAGAAACAGCUCGCGACCAUCGCGGCCUCGAGCACCCACCAGCUUGACCUGCGCGCCCAGAAGGCGGCACAUGGCAAAUCUUUGCUAUUUGAUCCUAAGAUCGCCGCAUCGCAGUCAUUUGAAAAUGUCUAUUUAAUAUGCUAUGAGGGCUACCGGGAGCUAUGCGCACUAGAUUCAAGGUUUUUGCGCUUCUCCAAGAGUUUGUUCAGCGAGCAGAGCAAAGCCGAAGACCGCACCCAGAUGACCAAGGAUGAAAAUGCCAAGCUCGAUACCGUGCUUGAGGCCUUCAUUACGCUGGUUGGCCCCCGAUUGCUGCUUAAGCCAGCAGAGAAGGCGCUGGAGUGGCUUGUGAGGCGAUUCCGCAUCCAUGAAUACAAUACAGAAUGCCUCGUCUUCACCUACCUGCCUUACCACAACACGCCCCAAUUCCUCGCCCUGUUGUCCAUCCUGCCCCCGCAGCCAUCGCACGCCAUCCGCUUCCUCUUCCCUUACAUCCAGGCCCCCACCAAUGUACCCCAGCGGACCAUUGCCUACACAGCCAUCAAUACGCCCCAAUUCUUCAAGGCCUACCAUUCAUAUGUUGCUAAAGUAGUGGAGGCAGGCCACCAGGCUGCUCACAUGCUGUCCUUUUGGUCUGGAAUUACUGUCGAGGCAAUCUAUGGCAUACUGAGCAACUCAAACUCUGGCAAAAAGCAUCUCCAAGACCAGAGUACUGAGAAGCUGGUCCUAGAUCUACUUCCAGUUCUCAACAGCUGCAUGCAUGCCAAGCAUGGAGCCGACACUGUACUAGCCUGUUACGCCAUUGUCAUUAUGUUGGUGAACCAGGCAAAGGUUGGAGACAAGAUUUUAGAUGGCUUGAUGGAGGCUGUGAUUGCAGCUCAUGACGAAACAUCACUUCAAUCUUGCCUAGGCUGCUUGGCGAUCAUCGCAAAUGAGCGCUCAAAAGCACAGCUUCCGACCAAGGUUGCGAAGAAGGUCCUCAAGGUGCCACAACUUGUGCAAAGGCUCAAGAGUGUAUCCGAGCAGUGUCAGGCCGAGCGGCUUGUACUGGGCUGCGCGCUCGGUGCACUUAACGUCAGCUCAGAGGAUAACCAUGCCAUUUUCCAUGAGCUAAUCGCAUCUGGUCUUAUCAGCAAAUCCCGCAUUCAAAUCGUACUGUCAGCCGUAGCCCAGCUUCUGCGCGACAGUGUGCCAGGCUCUGAAACGCAUGGAGAAUUACUCCAGGUUACUACCAAACUAGUCGAAUCGAAGGACCUGUCAUCCAUGCUGCAGGAUGCGGCAAAGCAGAACAAUGUCGAUUUGGAAUCCCUUGGACUAACCAUUGCGCAAACUUUUGACAUUGAGGAUAUUCAAGAGAUGGACUCUGAUGAAGAGAUGGUUGACGUUGAUGAGACCACUGAGAAACCUGCUCUAGAGGUGCCGGAGAUUACAGUUACCAGCUUCCUCGAGGCAGGGUCAGAAAAUGAGUUCGCUGAGGUUGCUCAUGCUUUUGAGCAGGCAGUAUUGACCAAACAGGCUAAGUCAUUUCUUGCUUCUGAUGCACUGCACCAGGGAACUGCACUCCAGCAAACGCGCUACCUAUCCUUCCUUGCCCGUGUCUGGACCAGUACCCGCCCGGUUGCCGUUCGUAUCGCCGCUCUACGUGCUACAGCCUUGUCAUUCGAGAAGUCGGAGGUUGCUCAUACCCUGCAGAACCUUUUACCAUACUUUGUCCAUGCUCUCGCUGACCCCUCCCCCCUCAUUCGACGGUCCGCUGCCGCCUGCAUCAGUCUUUUGACGCGAAAGGCCUCUGCGAGAUCAAAGGCUCAGUCGUGGGGCAAGUCGGACGUUUACGGCAAAGCUUCUAAGAACGUCUCGGAGCUGAAGCCUGAAGAUGUUUACAUCUUUAUUGUCUCGAUGCUCCAGCCAAUGCUUGAGGAGUGCGUCAUGGAUGCACAAUUCAUCAUUCCUGCGCUCCGAAGUAUUCUCGAGGGAACGCAGUCGCAGAACCAACCUAAGCAAACUUUCAAAAUGCAAACGCGAACGGCCAUACUCAGUUUCUUUGCAAGUCACGCCGGCUGUACACCCUUGCUGAGAGUCCGGCUGUGUUUGCUGCCAAUGUUCAACAUUCGUGGAAAGGUCUCAGACACAGUCCGCACCAACUCCGUGCUUCCAUUGUUGAACGAAUGGUCUGGUCUUCCAAUUGAUGCUGUCACAAAACAGUGCAGCGGCGAAGCCAUUUCUCUUGAUGAUGCUGAGCGCUCGCACCUGGCUGCAAUAACACCGAGGGAGGCAAAGAGUGCCCAAUUGUUGCAGGAUAUCAUCUCUGGAACACUCAACAAAGAGCGAGAAGUGCUGCUAGUAGCUGCUUUUGGUCGAAUUCAGGCUUCAUGGUCUGCUUUCCGAUCUGAAUCUCGACACUCUCUUGCCCAAUGCAUGCUAGGCUUGGCUUUGAGUGAGGGCGACAGCUCUUUCGACAAACUCUGCAGAGAACAAUCUAUCGAAAUCCUACGCAACGUCAAUCUCGACUCUGAAAUUCUUGUUACUUUCUUGGACAGCGUUCCCUCGCCCACCGCGAUGCCUGGAGGGCAGCCGGCAGCGAAGCGGAGACGGACUAGCCGAAGUGAAAUGGCCCGAGUCGAACUCUCUUCCCAGGAUGACGUUCAAAGGCUUCUUCGAAGACUCACAUUGGUACUCGAAUUGGUCGAAGGAUCUAACCCUGGUCAACAUCCAGAGCUUUUCAAGAGCCUCUUCGGUAUCUUUGCUGAAAUGCAACCGCUUAAGCAACAGUCGGAAUCUGAAUUGGUGUACCUGCAGAGUAUCAUCCUCGGGUCAUUAAGCCCAAUUGUUAGGACACUCAUGGAUAUGCCAGACACUGCCGACUACCAGUCAGCAGUGCGCGCAGACCUUUUGAUCGACUGUAUCCGACACUCCUCCAGCCCACAAGUCCAGAACAGCGCCCUGCUUUUGAUUUCGAACCUUGCUUCAUGGGUCCCCGAUCUCAUUCUGCACAACCUUAUGCCUAUAUUCACUUUCAUCGGAUCUACUUUGCUCCGACAGCACGAUGACUACUCAGCUCAGGUCGUUGAUAAGACAAUCUCCCGUGUUGUUCCACAACUGGCUGCUUCGCUUCGCUCAAAGCACAGGGACUUCAUUGCUGGGGUCUCAGACUUACUGCUUAGUUUUACUGCGGCGUUCGAACACAUUCCCUUGCACAGAAGGAUGAAGCUGUUCGCACAGUUGGCUCGCACAUUGGGCCCUGAAGACUCUCUUCCAGCCAUUGUUGCUCUACUUGCCGACCGGUACCACAGCAAGGAGCAACGAAGGUUCUGCGCAGACUUGUUGCUUUACUUCGAUCCCAUCAAUACUCUAGUCACCUUUAAGGGUUACCUUGAUCUUCUCACCGAUGCCACCGGGCCGAAACCACAGGUCGCAGAGAUUCUCUUUGGAUUGAAGGAAAAGACAAAGGAUAACAAGUUUGAUUCGGGAAUCCAAAGCUUGCUUACAUGCUUGACCGAUCUGGCACUGGACGACAAGGUUAAAGCACACGUCACCAGAGCAUAUCGAAAGAAGGAUGACCCAGAAAGGCCACGAAGGAUCUUUGCAGACAUUAUCGAAACCACUAUCCAGCUUUCCAAGAAACUGACGUCAAACUCGAAGUCGUACGCAGCAUGCAGUCGUGUUCUCGCCAGUUGCUUGGAUCUUUUGCCAACGACCGAUCUCAUCAAGUCUGCUGAGUUGCUCCUCUCCAGUGCAGACUCUCAUGUGCAGGUUGCUGCAGUCAAGUCAGUUGAGCUUCGAGCAGGCACUGCCAAGCAGAAUGACCGCAAGUCUGUGGAAGCACUCAUCUCCUUCUUGCCUAGCGUUCAGAUGCUUCUGCAACAGACAUCUGAGAUGGAUGCGAAGAUGGUCUCGGUCAGCUGCAUCGACCGCAUCAUCGAGCGCUUCGGCAAGAAGGAUGUAUCCGCUGUGUCCUCAGUGGCUCAAACUAUCGCCGGCCCUGAAUCGUUAUCAAGCAGCGAUGACAGAAUCCGCAUCUUGUCUUUGAUCUGUCUGACUUCUGUCAUCGACGUCCUUGAGGAUGAGGCCAUCUCGCUACUGCCUACAAUCGUUCCCAUUGCGUUUGAGUACCUGUCAAAUGCGAUUGAUGAAGAUAAGGCUGGCCUUCACAAUGCUGUGUUCACCCUACUUGCGAACAUUGUCGACCGUCUGGGAUACAUGUUCUCGCGGGAGUACUUGGACACGGCUUUGCGGCUGUCUCAACGCUCUGCUGCUGCUGACCUAGAGGAUGCUUGCGAUGAAACCCGCGCUAGCUUCUACCAGAGUGUAUCGCAACAUCUCAGUGGACAAGAAGUCUUUUCUUCUAUCAAGGCGACAUGGGCAAAUGCCGCCUCUCAAGGGUUCGACGCCUUGUUCGAACAGCUCCAACUUCUGCAGUCCACAAUCAAUGCUCAGACCAAGGCCAAACUUGUCAAGGCGAGCUCGCCGCUAUUCAGCUUGUUCCUGCAAACAUUCCGUAUGCGGGACACUCUCCAAUCGGAGACUGAAGAAGAGGUUGACGAGGAGGAGAUUGAGCAACUCGAGGCCACACUGAUUGAAUCAGUCAUCGCGAUGGUUCUCAAGCUCAGUGAUGCCACAUUCCGACCUUUCUUCGUGCAGCUUAUAGAUCAAGAAGGUCUAUUGCCAGCCAAGCCUCAACGUGCCAUCACCUUCUACAAGUUCCUUGCAGCUUUCUUCGAAAAAUUCAAGUCCCUUGUAACAAGCUACUCAAGCUACAUAAUCGAGCCCGCCGCCAAAGUCCUUACCCAACUCGCCAAAAACGACACAGAGGAACCCACUCGCACCGCCGUCCUCUCCGCGCUCCAAAAGUCCUUCCAGCACGACCAAGACGGCUUCUGGCAGGCCCCCUCCCACUUUGGCACUAUCAUGCCUCCUCUCCUGUCCCUCCUGUCCCUCCCCUCCGCCUCAUCGUCUACCCCGGAAAACAACACAAACAAUGUCAUCCCUACCAUCACCGACCUCGCCGCCGCAUCCACAUCCAGCAUGGAGAAUCACCGUGAGAUGAACAGCAUCUUGCUCAAGAACAUGCGCAGCGAAGAUCGAAACACGCGCUUGGCAACUGUGCUUUGCGAGCAGAGUCUCACGCGCAGGUUGGGCGAGGAGUGGCUGGGCUUGUUGCCGGAGAUGCUACCGUUUAUUAGUGAGCUCAUGGAAGAUGAUGAUGAGAUUGUUGAACGCGAGUGUCAGCGGUGGAAGAAUGGGAUGGAGGAGAUUCUUGGGGAGAGUUUGGAGGGCAUGUUACAGUAG